AAUCUCUAGGUAAAUAAUUUAACUGCAGAGCCCAGUGCACACAACACGGCCUGCAGGUCGGCGCCAGAGCCACCACCCCCACUCUCCCAGCUGCCCGAGGGAGCUAGAGGGCCCUGCGGUCCUCGGUGGUCUCGCCAGCCCCUCGUCAUCCCAGGGCCCCCGUGCCUGUGAGGACUGCCUCAGCUGCAGGUUGGCCACAGGGGCAGGUGCUGCAGCAUGGGCGAGUCCCCUGAGCUUCUGCAGCAGGGCAGAGGGCCGGUGCCAGUCCGGCGGCAGCGCCCGGCACCCCAGGGUUUGCGUGAGAUGCUGAAGGCCCGGCUGUGGCGGAGCUGCUCGUGCAGCGUGCCGUGUGCCUGGGCACUGGUGCAGGACCUGCUCCCCGCUACGCGCUGGCUGUGCCAGUAUCGCCCUCGGGAGUACCUGGCGGGUGACGUCAUGUCCGGGCUGGUCAUCGGCAUCAUCCUGGUGCCACAGGGCAUUGCCUACUCACUGCUGGCUGGACUGCAGCCCAUCUACAGCCUGUACACGUCCUUCUUUGCCAACCUCAUCUACUUCCUCAUGGGCACGUCGCAGCACGUCUCCGUGGGCAUCUUCAGCCUGCUCUGCCUCAUGGUGGGCCAGGUGGUGGACCGGGAGCUCCAGCUGGCCGGCUUCGACCCCUCCCAGGAUGGCCUGUGGCCCGGGGCCAACGGCAGCAUCCUCAAUGGCUCUGCUGCCACGCUCGACUGUGGGCGUGACUGCUACGCCAUCCGUGUUGCCACCGCGCUCACACUGAUGACCGGGCUUUACCAGGUCCUCAUGGGCGUGCUGCGGCUGGGCUUCGUGUCCGCCUACCUCUCGCAGCCACUGCUGGACGGCUUUGCCAUGGGGGCCUCAGUGACCAUCCUGACCUCGCAGCUCAAGCACCUGCUGGGCGUGCGGAUCCCUCGGCACCAGGGGCUGGGCAUGGUGGUCCGAACGUGGCUGAGCCUGCUGCGCAGCGCCGGGCAGGCCAACGUGUGCGACGUGGUUACCAGCACGGUGUGCCUGGUGGUGCUACUGGCUGCAAAGGAGCUCUCAGACCGCUACCGACGGCACCUAAGGGUGCCACUGCCCACAGAACUGCUGGUCAUCGUGGUGGCCACGCUCGUGUCCCACUUCGGGCAGCUCCACAAGCGCUUUGGCUCAAGUGUGGCUGGUGACAUCCCCACUGGUUUCAUGGCCCCUCAGGUCCCAGAGCCCAGACUGAUGCAGCGUGUGGCCUUGGAUGCCAUGGCCCUGGCCCUCGUGGGCGCGGCCUUCUCCAUCUCGCUGGCAGAGAUGUUCGGUCGCAGCCACGGCUACUCUGUGCGUGCUAACCAGGAGCUGCUGGCUGUGGGCUGCUGCAACGUGCUGCCUGCCUUCCUCCACUGCUUCGCCACCAGCGCAGCCCUGGCCAAGAGCCUGGUGAAGACAGCCACUGGCUGCCGGACGCAGCUGUCCGGCGUGGUCAGCUCUGCCGUGGUGCUGCUGGUGCUGCUGGCACUGGCACCGCUGUUCCACGACCUACAGCGAAGUGUGCUGGCUUGCAUCAUCGUGGUGAGCCUGCGGGGGGCCCUGCGCAAGGUGUGGGACCUCCCACGGCUGUGGCGGAUGAGCCCGGCCGACGCCCUAGUCUGGGCAGGCACUGCGGCCACCUGUGUGCUGGUCAGCACAGAGACCGGGCUGCUGGCCGGCGUCAUCCUCUCGCUGCUCAGCCUGGCCGGCCGCACCCAGCGCCCUCACGCCGCCCUGCUGGCCCGCAUCGGGGACUCGGCCUUCUACGAGGACGCCACAGAGUUCGAGGGCCUCGUCCCUGAGCCCGGGGUGCGCGUGUUCCGCUUUGCGGGGCCGCUGUACUACGCCAACAAGGACUUCUUCCUGCGGUCACUCUACAGCCUCACAGGGCUGGACGCAGGGUGCGUUGCUGCCAGGAGGAAGGAGCAGGGCUUUGAGGUGGGGGUUGGCGAGGGAGGCCCUGCCCAGGGCAAGGACCUGGGCCCGGUUAGCAGCAGGGCUGCGCUGGUGCCCACGGCAGCCGGCUUCCACACAGUGGUCAUCGACUGCGCCCCACUGCUGUUCCUGGACGCAGCUGGCGUGACCACGCUCAAGGACCUGCGCCGAGACUACGGGGCCCUGGGCAUCAGCCUGCUGCUGGCCUGCUGCAGCCCACCUGUGAGAGACAUUCUGAGCAGAGGGGGCUUCCUUGAGGAGGGCCCAGGGGGCACAGCUGAGGAGGAGCAGCUGUUCCUCAGUGUGCACGAUGCCGUGCAGACGGCAGGAGCCCGCCACAGGGAGCUGGAGGCCACCGAUGCCCGCCUGUAGCAGGACCAGGCCUUCCUGGCAGCCUCUGCUCCCUCCAGGGGGCCCAUGGCGGACGUCUGCAAGCCACUGCUUAGACUCUUCCCAGGGAGGAGACACCCAAGGGACGCGCUCCUGCACUACCGCUGCCUGGGGGAAGCCAGGGAACCCCAGCUGGGGAAGGAGGCCCUCUGAUUACAUGCAUUCCUGCCCACCGCUGCCCAGGGGAAACCGAGGAACCCCAGCUGGGGAAGGAGGCCUUCUGAUCACAAAGGACCCAAACACUCAGAAAUCAAGAACCUCUGCCCCUGAGAGACAGGCUGGCCCACAGUGCUGGCCGGGCCCGAUGCUCAAGGCCCUCGCUGUCCCUAGCCUCAGAAGGGCUGGGCCUGGCCUGAUGCUCAGGGUUGACAUUUUAAUUGAACAAGGGCCACCUCCCCCCCGACAUCAUGCAGCCUCCAAGUGCCAAGAGGACCCCCUAUGUCCAGGCCUGCCUGGUGCUCACCCCUGUUGGUAGGAGCCGGUGGUUCUGGCCAAGUGCAUGAGGGUCUGUGUGUUCCUAGAAAGCCCCACACACCCGAGUGGCCCUCACACCUCGUGUCUCCCCCUCACAGGGUGGCCACCUGCACCAGCAUCAAGGCCACAGGUGCUGUGAUGACCUCAGCUUAGCCCUCAGGUGUGGUGGCCUGCCCAGCCCAGCUAGCAAACACACACAGGGGUGCCCAUGGGUGCAGUGGAGACAGGUGCAGCACAGCCAACCCUGAGCCUCCAGGGGGCCCUGGAGGAAGCCCACCGCGCCCCACGCAGGGGCACCCUCCAGCACACAGCCCUCGCCCCAGCAAGGACACGAUCCCCUCAACAGGGUGCGUCGGCAGAAACGGGGAACAAAGGAUCUUCCGAGCAGCCCCCAGCUCUGCGCCUCCUCAGUUGCCCCUUCCCCAGCCCGUCCCCUCUGUGCCUCUGUAAGGGGUUCUGGGACACCCAGGCCCCGAGUCACCCACCUGGUGGUGACAAGCUCCAGCAGCCAGUGGGUCCGGACCUGCUCGAUGCCACGGUGAGGGACGGCGCCCACAUAAGCAAGGUUGAGCUGCUGGUCCCAGCUGAGGACGUACUGGUCAGCCUGGCUGUGUGGCAGUGGAGGGCUGGGGACAGCAAAGGGGCGGCUCAGGCCUGAGCCUCAGCAUGGCCGGCAGCACAGCCAACACUCAGGCUCAAGCCCAGGGAUGCCUGGGCGCCAGAUCCAGGUGCUGCGCUUGUGCUCAGUGACUAAUAAAAUGGCCCUUAGGGCCAGGAAUGUA